AUGUCAUCAGUUCCUAUUCGGAACUCUGUUACGCAAAUUUCUGAUUCCAGUUGGCGCCUUGGCUGCACAAUCGAGUGCAAUCGAACUGCGGGACCAGAUGACACAUGCGCAGCAGCCUGGAAAGACGGAGAAGAUUGGUAUAUUCUUCGGCAUACAACAUCUGAGCAACUACCCGAUGCUACGUCUGCAAGUUCACCGGUCCGUUUGAUCCACGAAGGGGGUACUCUAUCUGCAGUAUGGGCUAUUGGAAAUAAUGCCAUCUGCAAAGUCCACCCCUGGGACCCCGAUACCACUUCGGAGAGCGAAACUAUCAAAUUCGUUCAAGAAAAGGCACCCCAAGUACCUGUACCUGAAGUGAAUUUACUCCUGGGUGGAUGGAAAUCGAUCAUUCUUGGUGCUGAAAAGAGUUCCGGGUGUCACUCUGAGAGACGCGUGGGAAACUAUGUCCACUACCGAACAAGAUUCUAUCUUGGAUGA